ACAGGGAGGGAGGAACCUGGAGCCAGAACCAGCGCCACCCGUCACCGGAUCAACAGGACAGGACAGGUUGAGGGGCGUCGGGGAAAAGAAGGGGUGCUGUAGGCAGUUCCGGGGAGGUGGAGGAAGCCCUGUUGCAGGAAUCUCUGAUGCGCUCUGGCUUAUAGGGGAGCCUGCUCACAUUUGGGGACUGGUGAUGUGGGUGCAUUCCUUUCUUGGGGGGCUGGUUAGACUGAAGGACGUGAUAUCAUACAGCACCAGUUAUUUCCCCGAGGAAAUUUAAGGGGCAUCUAAAAAAAAAAUGCUCCUUAUUUCGAGGUGAUAGAGUGCCCUCCAGACAACUACCUGGUGUAUCCACUAGGAGGGGCAGAUUUGGAGGUGACUUUAAAAGAUGUGGAGGGUGGCCAGGUGAGGAAAAGGUCUCAGUAACUGGAACCUUCUCCUGCUAGGAACGGGGAUGAGUUGGUGAAAAAGUUGUCCAGCCAAAGGAGCUGGGAAUUCCUUCUCAUUGAACCUGGACAACCUAGAUAUUCCAAGACAUAUCAUGGAGAGGUUCAGUGGAGAACCUCUGGGUAGGGGAUUCUCCUAAAGUAGGGGAUCAUCUCUAUUUAGAGAGCAGCAGAGGAGAAAACACCUAUGCUGGGUUUCUCUCUGAUACUGGCAGUGCCCCAGUAGGAGUGGGGUAACCUAUUAUCCCCGACACACCCUUUAGAUUACAAGAGUGGAUUUGGCAGGAGUGUGCCCCAAAAUAGAGAAGGAAAGUGCCUGGAGAUAUUGGAACCCUAUCUUGGAAAUUUGGAGGGUCUUGGCUUUGGGACAAAGACACUGGAGAGGAGGGAAGGGGGGAGUUUUCAUAGGGGGCAAAAUUCGAAGGUGGGUUCAACUAAAGAGGGCAUAGGCUGCAGGAUCCAGUGGAGCUAGCACGGGUCCCAAGGGUGAGAGCUGGCUGCUGGGGGAUUGGGUGGGGGGAGUCGGGCUUAUCCCCAGGUCCUGUGGGUGGGGCAGUGAGUCCAGGCCUGAGCGUCAAGAGCAUGCCCUGGUGAACGGGCUCUUCUGGGGGAGCCCAGCGCGUUCCGGGCGCCUGCCGGUUUGAGGGUGUUUCCUCCCGGGGCACCAUGGCGGCGCUGGCCAGUAGCCUGAUCCGGCAGAAGCGGGAGGUCCGCGAGCCCGGGGGCAGCCGGCCAGUGUCGGCGCAGCGGCGCGUGUGUCCCCGCGGCACCAAGUCCCUUUGCCAGAAGCAGCUCCUCAUCCUGCUGUCCAAGGUGCGACUGUGCGGGGGGCGGCCCACGCGGCCGGACCGCGGCCCGGAGCCUCAGCUAAAAGGCAUCGUCACCAAGCUGUUCUGCCGCCAGGGUUUCUACCUCCAGGCAAAUCCAGAUGGGAGCAUCCAGGGCACCCCUGAGGACACCAGCUCCUUCACCCACUUCAACUUGAUCCCUGUGGGGCUCCGUGUCGUCACUAUACAGAGUGCCAAGCUGGGUCACUACAUGGCCAUGAAUGCUGAGGGGCUGCUCUACAGCUCGCCACAUUUCACAGCUGAGUGUCGCUUUAAGGAAUGCGUCUUUGAGAAUUACUAUGUCCUGUAUGCCUCUGCUCUCUACCGCCAGUGCCGUUCUGGCCGGGCCUGGUACCUAGGCCUGGACAAGGAGGGCCGGGUCAUGAAGGGAAACCGAGUCAAGAAGACAAAGGCAGCUGCCCACUUUGUGCCCAAGCUCCUGGAGGUGGCCAUGUACCGGGAACCUUCUCUCCACAGUGUCCCUGAGACCUCCCCUUCCAGUCUCCCUGCCCCCUGAAAUGUCCAUGGACUGGAGGCUCCUUGCAUUCCUAAUGAGCCAGCCACCAUCACAGCCUGUCUCCCAGUUCUGCUGUCACCCCUGCUGCCACACACAUGCCCUGAGCAGCUAUGUCCCACCAGGUGCUCUACCCUGAGGGGGCCUAGGAGCUGAUUUUCACUUCUAGGGCUGCUGAGACCAUUAGAUCAUUGGGCCCAAGAGGGGGUCAGAAAGGAGUAUGUCUGAAAAUUGUCCUGGCUGAUCAUUUCCUUUUUCUAUCCACACUCACACACCCCCAAAGCCUUUUCCUGAGAUGGUGGUGGGGGUUUCCAAACUGACAGAGCAUAAACAUUCCCCAAUUUUAUUGCCACUGAGCCACAGAUUUGUGGGUCCACUGGAGCUCAGGACUAGUUUUCUUCUUUCCAUACUCUACCUUCUACCUUGGUCUGAACAAAUUCUGGAACACCAGACAUCCCAGCCAGGGCCAUUUCUGCACUAGGGCUCUAUCUUAGAAGCCAGGCAUGCUGCCAGGCUAGAUCCAUCAGGCUUCU